UCUCCUUCACGUUUAUAAAUCAAUCACCCACAAAAAAAAUCCCAAUCUUUUUCACUUCCAUGUUGCUGAGUGAUUUACACUUCUAUGUGAUUUGCUAUGAAAACAGAGCAUAUCUGAGGGAGUAACCAAUGAUCUCAAAAUCAUACUGAGAAAUAGAAAAAAGGGUUCGUCCCAUUUGUUGAAAGAAGAUCCAUGGAGGUCUCUGCAGAUCUGGUUAAAAUGGAGGAGCAGCAGCAGUCUCCUCGGAGAAGACAAAAGGGUGGCCUUAUGACCAUGCCAUUUAUCAUAGCAAAUGAAGGAUUGGAGAAGUUGGCUAGCUAUGGGUUGUUGUCAAACAUGAUAUUGUAUUUGAUGGAAGAGUACCACAUCGGGGUAAUCGAAGGGACAAACAUACUCUUUUUCUGGUCUGCGGCUACCAAUUUCUCUCCACUAUUUGGAGCUUUUAUCUCUGAUUCAUAUCUGGGUCGAUUCCUCACCAUUGGCCUUGGCUCCAUCUUCAGUCUCCUGGGAAUGGUCCUCUUGUGGAUGACGACUGUGAUCCCCCAAACAAGGCCACCUUACUGCAACCAACUAAAGGGGGAGAGCUGCAAAUCUCCAACAGGAUCCCAAUAUGCAACCCUUCUCUUUUCCUUUGUCCUAAUGUCCAUUGGAGCUGGUGGGAUUCGACCCUGUUCCUUAGCUUUUGGAGCAAACCAAGUGGACCAAAGAGACAAUCCAAACAACAAACAGGUCUUAGAAAAAUUCUUCAGUUGGUACUACGCUGCAAUUUCUAUUUCAGUCAUCAUUGCAUUGACUGUCAUCGUUUACAUUCAAGAUAAUGCUGGAUGGAAAGUAGGGUUUGGAGUCCCCGCAAUCCUCAUGUUCUUAUCUGCUCUUUCGUUCUUCAUCGCCUCUCCGUUUUAUAUCAAACAGAAAGCUACCAUGAGCUUGUUUACUAACUUUGCACGAGUGAUUGUAGUUUGUAUCAAGAAUAUAAAAGUAGCAUUGCCGUCUGAUGAAUCGAAUUUGAGGUAUCAUCGCAUGAGUGACUCAACUCUCUCCGAGCCAACCAGAAAACUUAGGUUCUUAAACAAAGCUUGCAUCAUUAGGAACCAUGAGGGCAUAACUCCAGAGGGAGAGGCUUCCAAUGCAUGGAGCCUUUGCACAGUAGACCAAGUUGAAGAGCUAAAAUCACUCAUCAGAGUCAUGCCAUUAUGGUCUUCAUCGAUCAUGAUGUCGGUAAACAUAAGUCAGGCAACCUUCCAAUUUCUCCAAGCUCAAUCCAUGAACAGACACCUCACUCCAAGGUUCCAAAUACCUGCAGGCUCCUUCUCUGUGUUCAUAUUAAUCGGUAUAGUAAUGUGGAUCUUUCUUUACGAUCGCAUUAUCAUUCCUGUAGCUUCGAAAAUAAGAGGAAAACCCUUUUCAGUUGGCGUAAAAGUAAGAAUGGGUGUCGGGUUAUUUUGCUCUUUCUUGGCCAUGGUAGUUGCAGCAAUUGUGGAGCAUUAUAGAAAGAGAAAAGCCUUGGAAAGUGGCUAUUACAAUAACCCCAUAGGAGUUGUUCAUAUGUCAGCUAUGUUGCUUGUACCACAAUAUUUACUCAUGGGUGUGGCGGAAGCCCUGAACGUGAUUGCAUCAAAUGAGUUUUUCUACUCGGAGUUGCCAAAGAGCAUGUCGAGCAUGGCAGUGGCUCUAUCCGGAUUGGGGCUGGCUGUGGGGAGUUUGUUGGCCAGUUUGAUACUGAGUACUGUGGAAAAGGUUACUAAAAGAGGGGGAAAAGAUAGUUGGAUUUCGAAUAAUAUCAAUCAAAGUCAUUAUGAGAGCUACUAUUGGCUUCUCGCAAUUAUGAGUUUGGUUAAUGUGCUUUAUUUUAUUCUGUGUAGUUGGGCAUAUGGGCCUUGUGCAGAUCAAGGGUUUUCUAAGGUUUUAUUUGAUCGGGAAGGGUUUUUUAAGCUUAACGACAAGGGGGAAGAUUUGAAGGAGGAGUUGCAUAUAAAAGGAAGUGGAGUUAAGAAUGGAGAAGAAAAGUCCAAGGAAGAUGAGGUAUAGACUAUAAAGAUUUAUAAAUAAAAAAAAACGUUUUGUGGGUUUUGAAUUAUGAUCUGUAUUCAUCCAUUGUAUAUCUUAGGUAUAUUACAAAUUUUCUCUUGGAGAUGUGUUUGGGGUUGAAAAAGUAUGCAUGAAAUCUUGGAGUUGUGAUUGCGCUACGAUACAUGAAUAGAAUUUGUUCUAUUGAGAUUUGAAAAGAA